GGGCGCACAGACACACAGAUUUACAGAGAGCGAGACGGACAGACAUUUGAUAAUUUUGAAUUUUGAUCAGCAGUUUGGUCGGAUCUACCAUGUUGCCCGCAACCAAAACAAUAUCAUCUGAAAUGAGAAGAAAUAUUACCAAGGUUGGUCAGAGAGCAAUCUCCUCUGUUGUUCCUAAAUCUGAUAUAGAACUCAAGGAUUUCACAAUCAAGAAUGAACCUAUCCUCACCUACCUGCCGGGGAGCAAGGAGAGGGCGGAGAUCCAGGCUGCCCUGGACUCUCUCAAGGACGUGUGCGAGGAUAUUCCAAUCGUGAUCGGAGGCAAGGAGUACAGGACGGAUCAUGUUCAAUUCCAAGUCAUGCCCCAUGAUCAUCAGAAGAAGGUUGCCAAGUUCUACUGGGCGACCCCUGAGCUGAUCAAGAAGGCCAUCGACACAUCCCUGAAGGCUAAGGUGGAGUGGGAGAGGAUUCCAAUUGAUGAGAAGAUCUCAAUGUUCCUAAAGAUUUCGGAGGAUAUGGCGGGAAAAUACCGAGCUCAACUCAACGCGGCAACCAUGCUUGGUCAGGCUAAAACUGUUAUCCAGGCUGAAAUUGAUUCUGCAUGUGAGUUGGUCGACUUCUACAGGUUCAACACUUACUUCGCCAAGGAGCUGCACAGUUACCAACCCAUCAGUGAGGAUCCUAACACCACCCUCAACCUAAUGAGAUACAGACCUCUCGAAGGGUUCAUUGCAGCUGUUACGCCCUUCAACUUUACAGCUAUUGCCGGAAACCUGGCUUACACACCCUCAGUCAUGGGAAACGUAACUCUGUGGAAGCCUAGUGACACCGCUAUUGUGUCCAACUACCUGAUCUUCAAGAUCUUCAAGGAGGCUGGGUUCCCGGACGGAGUUGUCAACUUCCUUCCCUCCGACGGACCAGUAUUCGGCAACACUGUAACCUCACAUCCGGAGCUAGCAGCAAUAAAUUUCACUGGAUCCGUCCCAACCUUCCAAUGGUUAUGGAAAGCUGUUGGUCAGAAUAUUGAGAAGUAUACAGGGUUCCCUAAGCUGGUUGGAGAAUGCGGUGGCAAGAAUUAUCAUUUUGUUCAUCCAACAGCUGAAGUUAAAACUGUUGUUGCUUCAACUGUUAGAUCUGCUUUUGAAUAUCAGGAUGUUGAGUCCGUCAUGAACUCCAUUGGAACACAUACACCAUACGCUCUUACUGGAGCUAUGUAUUGCAAUGACCAAGAGUUCGCUAACCGAGCAGCGGAAACUCUGAAGCAAACGGCCGGAAACUUUUACGUCAACGAUAAAUCAACAGGAUCAGUCGUCGGCCAACAACCAUUCGGCGGUGCCAGACUUUCAGGAACCAAUGACAAGGCCGGUGGACCUCAUUAUAUGCUUCGCUGGGCCAGCGCUCAGGCCGUCAAACAAACCUUUGUUCCCUUGCACGAUGUCGGAUAUCCCUACAUGAAGAAGUAAACUGCAGUACAAAACCGGUUUUUGUUCCCUUGUACAGAACACGGAACAUGAAACCUAUUCCACAUGAAGCUUGAAAAAGAUCUUGAAUAUUUUUAUACGUUAUUUGUUUAUGCAGAAACAGAUCAAGAGUUUUUAAUUUCUAUUCCAAAUUAAAUCUACAUAUUUAAAUUUAGAUUCACACCAUUUUAGAAGCUUUGGCACUUCGGCAACAAAAUGACCAGAUCUAAACAUAAACCUCAUUGAUAAUGACGACCUUCAACCUUCGUGUUGUAAGAUCGCAAAAUGUUGGCUUUCAAUACUUUAAAUUCGGUUCCACUGUUAAAGUGCACCACACAUGUAUUAAGUAUUUGUCUGUUAUUAGUUAAACGAAUAAGAUAUUGACUUGUACCAAGUCAUAAUAAACCUUUUACCUAAA